GUGCGGGGAGGAGUAGGGUGGCGAGAGGCCACAGAGGUGUUAGGAUGCGCGCAGCGAGGGCCACCCCGGCAGCGCGCUGGCCUCGGGGGUCACCGGCAGAUCCUGGAAGUGAUGGCGUUCAGAUGGGACCAUGGCUUGUGAAGACUUCCUGCUCGCCAGUUGGAAUUGUUGGUGGCCUUUGAGCCCGUAGCCACAGUGUUUGGGUGUAGAUAUUUGCAGUAAGAGGAGUCCCCAAACUAAUGAGUGUAGAGUGCAGCCUGUGGGUUUGGUUGGGGGAAGGGAGCUUUCACUAUCUGGGUCUUAGUUUCCAGCCAGGUGAAUCACACAGCAGGGAACCUUUGGUUUCCGGCACCAAGCUGUUCCUUUUACUUCCUAAGAUGGCUAGUCAAGUGAAAUUGCCCGGAAUAGAAUCUACGGAGAUGUGGCCAGAAGCAGAUAAUUUCACGUUCACUCUAUGUGCUUAUAAUAUAGCCUUGCUGCUACUCGUGAACCUACGCAUGCUGUCUAGACUUUUGGCUUCUGGGGUCGCACUUCGAGUUGCCUCUUUGAGCCUGUGUGGUUGGCUGAGUUACUUCUUCGUAGGUCUGCUGAAGACAGAGCCGGUGGCCGAGGAAGGAGAGGAUGCUGUUACCAUGCUCAGUGCUCCAGAGGCGCUGACGGAAGAGGAGCAAGAGGAGCUGAGGCGGGAGCUUACUAAGGUGGAAGAAGAAAUCCAGACUCUGUCCCAAGUAUUGGCCGCAAAAGAGAAGCAUCUCGCCGAGCUCAAGCGGAAGCUCGGCAUCUCCUCGCUUCAGGAGUUCAAGCAGAACAUUGCCAAAGGGUGGCAAGACGUGACGGCAACCAAUGCAUACAAGAAGACCUCUGAAACUCUAUCGCAAGCUGGGCAGAAGGCCUCCGCUGCAUUUUCAUCGGUUGGCUCAGUCAUCACCAAAAAGCUGGAAGACGUGAAAUUGCAAGCUUUCUCACAUUCAUUUAGUAUCCGCUCCAUUCAGCAUUCGAUUAGCAUGCCUGCUAUGAGAAACUCCCCAACUUUCAAGUCAUUUGAAGAAAAAGUUGAAAAUUUAAAGUCUAAAGUAGGAGGAGCCAAGCCUGCUGGCGGCGAUUUUGGAGAAGUCCUGAAUUCCACAGCCAACGCUACCAGUACCAUGACCACAGAGCCUCCUCCAGAACAGAUGACAGAGAGCCCCUGAGCUGCCGACCUGUGUCCUGCUGCCCACUGCCAGGUGCUGCCGGCGAGAGCCAAGUACAUCUUGACAACGCUCAUGGCUGCGGAUUUCCACCAGAUGUGCUUUUAUUUAGCUUUACUUAUUUCUUUGACCAAAUAGUUGAUGAAUGAAACAAAGUGAAAUCACUUGACCUCCACUCCAGGGAAACACUGUUAGCAUGCAUGGAAGGCCCUUUGUAUAGGAAACAGCAUCAUAGAGCCUCUGGUAGAUCCCUGCAGGCAACUACUGUGUUUCUCCUUAAAAUCACUGUACAUCUGGAUUCUAGUUUGAUCUUUCUUUACUAUCUACAUGAAUCAUUGUUUUUGGGUCUCUGUACACUUAAUCAAUUUCUAACAAACUGUCCUUUUCUAAAUUCUGGUUAUUAAAAGUCUUGGAAUUAUUUCAUUCCUUUCAAAGGAGAAACUACCAGCUACAUUUUUUUUCUCGGAUAAACAGUUCUGUGAGGACCAUAUCUUGGGUUUCUAAAGACACCAGACUAAAGUAGACAGGUGUGUAUGCAGUUCUAUAGUUCUGUAAAUUAAAAACAUGCAGACACUCAAACUUCCAGUGGGGAGAGUGUGGGUCCUGCUCUUGCCUUGGUAACUGUCAUUUGUAGCUACAUCUAUUUGAGCUCAAAUAUGCUUAUCAGUUAUUUAUUAUACCAUUCUCACACAUUUUUUUACAAGAUUAAAAUUUAAUUUCAGGUAAAUUGAGAGAAUAACAUUGUGAGUUAAGUAUAUGAUAUUACAGUAAGUUGGAAUGUUCCCACAUUCAUCACUGAUAAUUCCAAAAGUCUAAACGUCUUUAGGUCUAUACAGUUAUAAAAAUGCUAAAAAAAAUUCACCAUAGGGGAAAUUACUGCCUCCAUUAAAUCCAUUUAACACCUUUAGGAAGGACAGAAAGUUCUAUGAGAAAUACAACUUGAAUAUUUUUUAUACUAAGGGAUUGUUGAUAACUCCGAAAGCUGCGAGGCGUUACUAUGACUGAGCUGAUCAGGCAGUUUCUGUUCUCAGUGUGUUAGUGCCUGAGCUGUUCUGUAUGUAGAAAUCGUUCCCACUCUAAGAACUGUCGGGGCUGUGAGUCAAAGCUUCCCAGUGGCUCUGCUAAGCCCCUCUGUUAACUGUGGUCACUCCUGACUCACUCCUGCUUCCUUUGCUGUGUAUGUUUAUGGCCUAUGAGGUUGUAUCUGUUACUUCUUUCUCUAUUGUGGUUUUACCAGUGUCCAUGCCAAAUGUUAACUGCCAAGCUUGGAGUGACCUAAAGCCUUUUUCAGAGCAUGGCUAGAUUUAAUUGAGGAUAAGGUUUCUGCAAACCAGAAUUGAAAAGCCACAGUGUCGGUUGUCACAAAAUGACAUGCUGCCAUUCCUGGUUGCUGCUCGGAUGCAAUGGAAACUAUGCUUGAUUACAUGUGAAAAUCUUAAUAAAGUCUGUGUCUCAGUAGUAUAGGUUUCAAUAUUUAUUAAGAGGACAGUGGUCUGGACAAAACUUGUUAUAUUCUAAAAUCAACUGGUAUUCUGGAAGCAUUUUCCUAGAGGACUGGAACUGUAGAAAUUUGUCUCUAGAGAAAUAUUGUGAUUAUCCAAUAUAAUGAUUUUUCUACCAAUUAGUCUUUUUAUUUUUCUUCUUCUUCUUCUUGCUAACAUCUUGUUAACAGAUUGUUUCCUGGGUGCCUACUCUGUAUUUGUAACCAAGCAAAAACAGAAUAAGAUGGUAGUUUUUUUGUUUUUUUUAAAUAAGAAAUCUUCAAGUUUUGUAUAGAGAUUUCAUAUGAGGAAAAUGAUUAAGUGGAGAGAAGGAGAAGGAAUGUACAUAGAUCAGACCAGGGAUGAGUGUGGAAGAAACUCUUCCCACACUUCAUCUAGAAAGUUAAUCUACUGGAAGGCACCCUGCCUCAUCAAAGAUGUUACAAAACGAUGAAGGACUAACACAGAAAAUUAAAUGGGAGUUUUAGAAUAUUCACAUAUAUCCAGAAUAUCUGUUGGAGAUUCAUUGUGAGUUAGUUCACAGAUACUGAGGAAAUUACAGACAGCUAUUAACAGAAAUGUAGCAGAAAGGUUGGGGCUGCUUACUGGGAUUUGUGUUUAUGCUGGCAAAACAGCAAAAGGGGAAGCGUGGGUUUCCUGGGAAAUCUCAGCUGUGUGAGGACGCAAACGGUGAUGGAAGAGCUCCGAGGCCUUUCUAAAAGCAGUGCUCCCUAACUCGAGGUUCUGGGGGACACUAGCAAGAAUUCUUAAUAGUUAGAACCUGAGAAGUGAAUAAAAGAACUUAUCACCAGCACUCGGAUUUCAGCCACUACACACAAUUCUUGGAAUACAGAAAAGUUUAAUUUGAACUCCUUCUGGAUCUUUUAAUUAAGUUACACACUGUUUUCUGUGAAGUGUUUGAAAGCAAUAAAAACUAUAAUUUGGGUAGGGGUUCUUUUUUAUGUAUUUCCCCUUUCAGGAAAGGGUGAGUCAUUUUUGCAACUUCUCUCAGACUCUUCAGAUGCUGACAUGUAAAACAGCAAAGUAAAGCUACAAACUCAGCCACCCACCCAUCCAUCCAUCCAUCCAUCCAGCCGACCGGCAGUUGCAAAGGUAGAAGCGAGAGUGUGCGAGGGGACACAGCAACCGUGCAAACGUCAGGAUCCUGCAUUCUUUAGAUUGUUUCCUUUUAAAUUAAGGUUUAUUUGAUUAUGUGUUUGUAUGCAAGUGUGUUAUGUGCUUAUGAGUAUAGGCGCCUGUGGAGAGCAGAGACGUCAGGGUGUCCCAGAGCUGGGCGUACAGUCAGAUGUGCAUGUGGGAACUGAACCUGGGCAUUCAUUCUCUAAGAGUAAUAUUAUGGACUUUGAACUGAUGAGCCAUCUCUCCAGAUCCUUUUUAAGGAUAAAUAGUUCUUAAGACCAGCUGAAAGGCUGGAUUUUUCCAUAGCAAAGAGACAUCUGACCAGAGAUUAGUCCUUGUUUUCUACUUUGGAUUGAUGAUAGAAAGCACACAUAAUAUAAAACAGGGCCACUUUUAAGUAACGCAGAUUUUUUUUAAUUGGUUAUUUUAUUUACAUUUCAAAUGCCCCCUUCCUAGUUUCCCCUCUGCACCCCACCCCAUCCAGUCCCCCCAAAGCAGCAGAUCUUAAUUCUGCAGUUUCCAUAUUCUGGUGUAGGGCAUGAAUUUAAGGCCCGUGUGCCCUCAGCAUGUACCAGGGCUUCACACUCCAGUGGACUGGUGACUCAGCUCCUACCAACUCCUUUGUGUAAUUGUGAUGUUGCUGAGUUUGGUUGGUAGUGUGAUGAUUUUAAGUUGUUUUUUUCCUACCACACAGCAAUAGCCAAACAAUUUUCUUGUUUACAUAUGACCUUUAAGAGUCUCAGCGUCAGGACUGGGCAGAUGAUUCAGUGGUAAAGUAUUUGCCAUGCAAGCAGGAAGACCUGGAUCCUCAUAGAAAGAAGGCAGGCAACAUCAGAUGGCCUCCAUGUGUGCUGACGCACACCCUCACACACAUGAACAUGCCUUCACAUACUUUAUUUUUCCUUUAUUUCUAGGAUUUUUUUCUUCAAUAUGACUAGUUUUUAGUAUUAUCCCAACUCCCAAAAUGCUCUCCUCAGCCAUCUCUGUGACCUCUAAAAUGGUCCUUUUUCUGAGGCUAAGAUGAAUGUCUUUAGUGUGACACUAUAUCUCACCUAUGUCUCAGGACCUUUCUUCCAGUCUUUCCUGUGCAGUUAAGAACCAUAGCUUUCUAGUGGUGGUGGGAGUAGAACCCAGACUUAUUUGAGCCACAUCCCAGCCUGAGGCAUAAAUUUCUAACCACCUCUAAGUCACCUCAACCAAACCACUAAGACCUUUCUAUGGAGGUUUUAGGAAGCACCCUUUAGCACACUGGUGUUCUUGGGGGUGGGCUGGGGUGUGGUGCGUGUAGUGCUGUUGAUGCCACAACUUGGUAGAUGAGGCCAGGUCGAUUGAUGCCAUCAGGGCUUUGAAGUAUAUUUUAUUCGUUUUCUUGCUAACUGCUAUUACAAUGGGUAUUAAUAACUUGGAAGUAUUUUAAUAGAGCUAGUGGGAAGAUGCAUGGAGCAGCAGUAUUGCCAAUAGAGCCCAUGCCCAUUGGUGCCUGUGUAGGCAAGAGUCCUGCAGACUCAUCCCUCUUGUUGACUCACUUGGUUUUAUUUCAUUCAUCCAUUUAUCCAUUUGUUCAUUCAUUCAUUUAUUUAUUUCUGAGGCAGUCUCACACAGUUCAAGCUGUCCAUCUUGCUAUGUAGCAAAGGGUGACCUUGAAGCCCUGACCAUCCUACCUCCAUCUGCCAGAGACAGGGAUCACAUGCAUGCCCCACCACACACUGUUUUGAGACAGGAUCUCAUUACUUAGUGCAGGUUGACUCCCAGCUCAAAAUUCCCAUCUCCUCGUUACUUCAGUUUGAAAAGUAAGUAUCUUUGAGGAUUGCAUAUGUUUUAAUCAUAUGCACUAACUUUCCCCCUUAACUACUUCCCUGAUCUGCUUCUACCUCCCUACCCCCAGCAAUAAACUUUAAUAAUCC